CGAGGUCCGUUAUGGGGGACUACACCGUCUUCCACGUGGUACUGUUGCUGCUCGUGUGUCUAGCAAGCACCACACUCUCAGCUCCCUUCACCAGCGAUGUAUUCCAGCAACAGCAGACAGAUCUAUCCGCGCUCUUCCACUCUUCUAAAGGAGGUAUGAUCGGACCACUGUUUCGUCACAAUGGACCACAGGAUCUGGAGGUGACUACUGACGGAGGCUGCUUCUACCAGUUCCAACACUACGAUGAAGGAGACAGAAUAGUAACGAAUGAACCUUGUCUCAACUGCACCUGUCACAACUCUAUGCUAAUGUGCUACCUCAAGGUGUGCCCGUUCAGUAAACCCAUUGGCCAGGACUGUACGGUGGAGAAGAAGCCUAAUCAAUGCUGCCCCGUGAUUACCUGCCCUCAAGUGCCAGUAAACCUUCAGGUGAUGCAAAUGACUACGACCAGCACCACGUCUUCCCCUCUCCUCAUCACUUCCUCCUCCUCCUCCUCCUCCUCCUCCGGCACCGACCUGGCGCCUUUCUACGAACACGGCUGUACCAUAGAAGGCAGUUAUUAUCCCGACGGUGUGCAGGUACCAGGAGACCCAAGAAAACCCUGUGAGCUGUGUUACUGUAUCAGGAACCAUACAGCGUGUGUGAUGCAGGAGUGUAUUCUUAUGGUACCCGGUUGUGAACCCAUCUUUCAGGAAGGAGUAUGCUGUCCUGUGAAAUACGAUUGUGAUCACGACGGAGUAGAAGAGGGUCUAGUGACUACCACAACACAGCCUAUGGUGGAUAGUAAUGGGUCCUUGGUCCUGCCUCCUACAACCUUACCUCCUGGGUACUCUGGCUGUUACUACAAAGGGGAUUUCUACGCUGACGGGGCUCUUAUUCCCUCUGAGGACCCCUGCGAGCACUGUUACUGCAUGAAGAGUGACCUAGUGUGUGCCAUCCAGGAUUGUGUGUCACCCCUCGACGAGAUGCAGGAGAACUGUACAGCCAGACCUCCUCCCGAAGGCUACUGCUGCCCGCAAGCUUAUGAUUGUCCCGAGCUAACAACAACAACUGUGGAGUACCUGACCACCACCCAGCCCAGUGAGAGUCCCGACACCCAGGUCACCGUCGCCUCCCCUGACCGACCAAGUGAUGUUGAUGUCCCAGCUGUUGAUGAGACAUCCACUGAUACCCCAGCUGUUGAUGAGACAUCCACUGAUACCCCAACUGUUGAUGAGACAUCCACUGAUGCUCCAACUGUUGAUGAGACAUCCACUGAUACUGCAACUAUUGAUGAGACAUCCACUGAUGUUCCAACUGUUGAUGAGACAUCCACUGAUACCCCAACUGUUGAUGAGACAUCCACUGAUGCUCCAACUGUUGAUGAGACAUCCACUGAUACCCCAACUGUUGAUGAGACAUCCACUGAUGCUCCAACUGUUGAUGAGACAUCCACUGAUACCCCAACUGUUGAUGAGACAUCCACUGAUGCUCCAACUGUUGAUGAGACAUCCACUGAUACCCCAACUGUUGAUGAGACAUCCACUGAUGCUCCAAGUGUUGAUGAGACAUCCACUGAUGCUCCAACUGUUGAUGGCAUUCUGGAUACCUUAACCACAUCCACUGAUGCUCCAACUGUUGAUGAGACAUCCACUGAUACCCCAACUGUUGAUGAGACAUCCACUGAUACCCCAACUGUUGAUGAGACAUCCACUGAUACCCCAAUUGUUGAUGAGACAUCCACUGAUGCUCCAACUGUUGAUGAGACAUCCACUGAUGCUCCAACUGUUGAUGAGACAUCCACUGAUGCUCCAACUGUUGAUGAGACAUCCACUGAUACCCCAACUGUUGAUGAGACAUCCACUGAUUCGCCAACUGUUGAUGAGACAUCCAUUGAUACCCCAACUGUUGAUGAGACAUCCACUGAGGGAACUACUGUUACUGAAGACUUCACAGAAUCUAUCCGUACAACAGAAGGACUUUACACAGAGUCGCCAAUAGUAGAGGGCGUCACUGUUGAUAAGAAACCUGCAACAGAUGAGCUCCACCAGCCUACUGAUACUCCAACUGUUGAUGAGACAUCCACUGAUGCUCCAACUGUUGAUGAGACAUCCACUGAGGGAACUACUGUUACUGAAGACUUCACAGAAUCUAUCCGUACAACAGAAGGACUUUACACAGAGUCGCCAAUAGUAGAGGGCGUCACUGUUGAUAAGAAACCUGCAACAGAUGAGCUCCACCAGCCUACUGAUACUCCAACUGUUGAUGAGACAUCCACUGAUACCCCAACUGUUGAUGAGACAUCCAUUGAUACCCCAACUGUUGGUGAGACAUCCACUGAUACCCCAACUGUUGGUGAGACAUCCACUGAUGCUCCAACUGUUGAUGAGACAUCCACUGAUACCCCAACUGUUGGUGAGACAUCCACUGAUGCUCCAACUGUUGAUGAGACAUCCACUGAUACCCCAACUGUUGGUGAGACAUCCACUGAUACCCCAACUGUUGAUGAGACAUCCACUGAGGGAACUACUGUUACUGAAGACUUCACAGAAUCUAUCCGUACAACAGAAGGACUUUACACAGAGUCGCCAAUAGUAGAGGGCGUCACUGUUGAUAAGAAACCUGCAACAGAUGAGCUCCACCAGCCUACUGAUACUCCAACUGUUGAUGAGACAUCCACUGAUACUCCAACUGUUGAUGAGACAUCCACUGAGGGAACUACUGUUACUGAAGACUUCACAGAAUCUAUCCGUACAACAGAAGGACUUUACACAGAGUCGCCAAUAGUAGAGGGCGUCACUGUUGAUAAGAAACCUGCAACAGAUGAGCUCCACCAGCCUACUGAUACUCCAACUGUUGAUGAGACAUCCACUGAUGCUCCAACUGUUGAUGAGACAUCCACUGAUACCCCAACUGUUGAUGAGACAUCCACUGAUGCUCCAACUGUUGAUGAGACAUCCACUGAAACUCCAACUGUUGAUGAGACAUCCACUGAUACCCCAACUACAUCCACUGUUACUCCAACUGUUGAUGAGACAUCCACUGAUACCCCAACUGUUGAUGAGACAUCCACUGAUACUCCAACUGUUGAUGAGACAUCCACUGAUACUCAAACUGUUGAUGAGACAUCCACUGAUGCUCCAACUGUUGAUGAGACAUCCACUGAUACCCCAACUGUUGAUGAGACAUCCACUGAUGCUCCAACUGUUGAUGAGACAUCCACUGAUGCUCCAACUGUUGAUGAGACAUCCACUGAUGCUCCAACUGUUGAUGAGACAUCCACUGAUACUCCAACUGUUGAUGAGACAUCCACUGAUACCCCAACUGUUGAUGAGACAUCCACUGAUGCCCAACCACAUCCACUGAUGCUCCAAACUGCUGAUGAGACAUCCACUGAUACUCCAACUGUUGAUGAGACAUCCACUGAUACUGCAACUGUUGAUGAGACAUCCACUGAUACCCCAACUGCUGAUGAGACAUCCACUGAUACCCCAACUGUUGAUGAGACAUCCACUGAUACUCCAACAGUUGAUGAGACAUCCACUGAUACUGCAACUGUUGAUGAGGCAUCCACUGAUACCCCAACUGUUGAUGAGACAUCCACUGAUGCUCCAACUGUUGAUGAGACAUCCACUGAUACUGCAACUGUUGAUGAGACAUCCAGUGAUACCCCAACUGCUGAUGAGACAUCCACUGAUGCUCCAACUGUUGAUGAGACAUCCACUGAUACUGCAACUGUUGAUGAGACAUCCACUGAUACUGCAACUGUUGAUGAGACAUCCACUGAUGCUCCAACUGUUGAUGAGACAUCCACUGAUACUGCAACUGUUGAUGAGACAUCCACUGAUACUGCAACUGUUGAUGAGACAUCCACUGAUACUCCAACUGUUGAUGAGACAUCCACUGAUACUGCAACUGUUGAUGAGACAUCCACUGAUACUGCAACUAUUGAUGAGACAUCCACUGAUACUCCAACUGUUGAUGAGACAUCCACUGAUACUCCAACUGCUGAUGGGACAUCCACUGAUGCUCCAACUGUUGAUGAGACAUCCACUGAUGCUCCAACUGUUGAUGAGACAUCCACUGAUACCCCAACUGUUGAUGAGACAUCCACUGAUGCUCCAUCUGUUGACGAGACAUCCACUGAUGCUCCAACUGUUGAUGAGACAUCCACUGAUGCUCCAACUGUUGAUGAGACAUCCACUGAUACUCCAACUGGUGAUGAGACAUCCACUGAUACCCCAACUGUUGAUGAGACAUCCACUGGCGUUACUCCCUCUGAUGUUGAUGACACUCCGAGUACUGAGGAAGCUGUUACGGAGUUUAUCCACACACCUGCAGGAGGGUACACCGAGUCUUCAGUUCCUGAUGGCGGGUGUAAGGCAAGAGGGGUUCUCUAUGACAACAACUCUCCCGUGCCCGUGAAUGAUGUGUGUCAAGAGUCCUGUCAGUGUGUCGCUGGCAAGGUGAAGUGUGAAUACGCGUCCUGUCCGCCCGCCCCUCCAGCCUUCCUGAGGUGCUCGUCUGUGUUGGCCGAAGGGGAAUGUUGCCCUGAGUAUUCAUGCCCUCCGAUUGAGACAGAGGUGACGGAGAUGCCUGCUGGAUGUGUGUAUGACGAUAUCCAGUAUUACGAAGGUGAAUACAUACCUCAGUCUGACUACUGUGUCGACUGUUACUGCCUGGGUGGGGAGACGAUCUGUGCUUACGUGGAGUGCCCCCCGCCUGCUGGCCACAACUGCAAGCCUACCCAAGUGCCUGGGGGUGAAUGCUGCCCAGUUAAAUACGACUGUGAUGUGAUCGACACGGCAGAUUUGCUCUCGGACAAUACUACCACACACCCAGGCGCCACCACACCCUCAACAAGUCAGCAGCCUGAUGGCGACACACUACCAACGGACUCCACAGAUACGGCUGUUGAGACGCCCGUGACCCAGCCCUCAGUCAUCACCGGCGGCCCAAGUGUAGGAACUACAUCUUCAACGGAGGGACCAGAGGUGACGGGCCCUGUGAUACCUCUGGAGACGAGAACCACAGCUCCAGAUGACAACAAUAUACUCACUACUCCUAUGACCUUCGUAACGGAGAAAGGAUCGUCGUCCCUCCCUGAUGCUGUAACAGAAAUUGGCAGUGAGACCUCAGCCACGGAAGUGCCUUCUACUGGUGAACCCACUGUUGUCUCCACUACCGAUGAGACAUCCACUGAUACUCCAACUGUUGAUGAGACAUCCCUGACUGAUGAGACAUCCACUGAUACUCCAACUGUUGAUGAGACAUCCACUGAUACUCCAACUGUUGAUGAGACAUCCACUGAAACCCCAACUGUUGAUGAGACAUCCACUGAAACAGCACCAAAGGAAGUGACGUCAUCCACUCUUGAAGGAGAGGUCACCACAGAAGGAGGAUUACAUCAACCGGAAGUGGGAGUUCCUGGUGAAGGAAAAUGUAUCCAAAAGGGCAUUACCUACGACAACGGCGCCCUGGUCCCCAAUGCCAUACCCUGUCACAAAUCCUGCAUGUGUGAGAACAGUAUUAUUGCUUGUACCCUGAAGGCUUGUCCAGCACCUCCUCCCACCUUCCUACGCUGCCAGCCCCAGCAAGACCCUGAGCAAUGCUGCCCUUCGUAUGACUGUCCUAUCUUGGAGCCAGAAGCCACACCCUCACCCGGCUGUGUUCGUGACGGCGUCCAGUUCUUAGAGGAAGACCAUAUCCCCAGCUCAGACAUGUGCACUGACUGUUACUGUCUGGGAGGCGAGAUAAUCUGUGCCACCUUAGAGUGUCCUCCUCCGACUGGCACUAACUGUAAACCAGUUAUACAGUCUUCAGGAACCUGCUGCCCAGAGGAGUACCAGUGUGACAUGGAAGAAGUUCCUGAGACAUCCACUGAUGUCUCAAAUGUAACUGUUGAAACAUCCACUGAAGUUGCAGACAAGGAAAUGACCACUGAGCCCUCCCCAACCUCUGGCACGGAGCAGCUAGAAGAAGGAUAUUGUCUUUACCAUGGUGCCGCUGUUGCUAAUGGCGCCUCGAUCCCCACUGAGUUACCUUGUCAAAAGUCCUGCACUUGUGUGAACCAGUUAAUUGAAUGUACCUUGAAGGCUUGUCCAUCACCGCCUCCUGCCUUCCUCCGCUGCCAGCCGCUCCAAGACCCUGAGCAGUGCUGUCCUUCAUAUGACUGCCCUGCUCCAGAGCCAGAAGCCACAUCACCACCCGGGUGCUUCAGUGACGGCGUCCAGUUCUUAGAGGAAGACCAUAUCCCCAGCUCAGACGUGUGCACUGACUGUUACUGUCUGGGAGGCGAGAUAAUCUGUGCCACCUUAGAGUGUCCUCCUCCGACUGGCACUAACUGUAAACCAGUUAUACAGUCUUCAGGAACCUGCUGCCCAGAGGAGUACCAGUGUGACAUGGAAGAAGUUCCUGAGACAUCCACUGAUGUCUCAAAUGUAACUGUUGAAACAUCCACUGAAGUUGCAGACAAGGAAAUGACCACUGAGCCCUCCCCAACCUCUGGCACGGAGCAGCUAGAAGAAGGAUAUUGUCUUUACCAUGGUGCCGCUGUUGCUAAUGGCGCCUCGAUCCCCACUGAGUUACCUUGUCAAAAGUCCUGCACUUGUGUGAACCAGUUAAUUGAAUGUACCUUGAAGGCUUGUCCAUCACCGCCUCCUGCCUUCCUCCGCUGCCAGCCGCUCCAAGACCCUGAGCAGUGCUGUCCUUCAUAUGACUGCCCUACAGCAGAGCCAGAAGCCACACCCUCACCUGGCUGUAUUCGUGGCGGCGUCCAGUACUUUGAAGAUGAAUAUGUACCCAGCUCAGACGUGUGCAGUGACUGUUACUGUUUGGGAGGCGAGAUAAUCUGUGCCACCUUAGAGUGUCCUCCUCCGACUGGCACUAACUGUAAACCAGUUAUACAGUCUACAGGAACCUGCUGCCCAGAGGAGUACCAGUGUGACAUGGAAGAAGUUCCUGAGACAUCCACUGAUGUCUCAAAUGUAACUGUUGAAACAUCCACUGAAGUUGUAGACAAGAAAUCUAGAAGAAGGAUACUGUCUUUACCAUGGUGCCGCUGUUGCAAUGGCGCCUCGAUCCCCACUGAGUUACCUUGUCAAAAGUCCUGCACUUGUGUGAACCAGUUAAUUGAAUGUACCUUGAAGGCUUGUCCAUCACCGCCUCCUGCCUUCCUCCGCCAAGACCCUGAGCAGUGCUGUCCUUCAUAUGACUGCCCUACAGCAGAGCCAGAAGCCACACCCUCACCUGGCUGUAUUCGUGGCGGCGUCCAGUACUUUGAAGAUGAAUAUGUACCCAGCUCAGACGUGUGCAGUGACUGUUACUGUCUGGGAGGCGAGAUAAUCUGUGCCACCUUAGAGUGUCCUCCUCCGACUGGCACUAACUGUAAACCAGUUAUACAGUCUACAGGAACCUGCUGUCCAGAAGAAUAUGACUGUGUGGUGGAACUACCAAGUGAAGAAGGAGCAGUCACCAGUGCCACAACUGAAGGGCUAGGAGCAGUCACCAGUGCCACAACUGAAGAAGGAGGCGUCACCAGUGCCCCAACUGACGAAGGAGCAGUCACCAGUGCCCCAACUGACGAAGGUGCAGUCACCAGUGCCCCAACUGAUGAAGGAGCAGUCACCAGUGCCCCAACUGACGAAGGAGUAGUCACCAGUGCCCCAACUGAUGAAGGAGCAGUCACCAGUGCCCCAACUGAUGAAGGAGCAGUCACCAGUGCCCCAACUGACGAAGGAGUAGUCACCAGUGCCCCAACCUACCCUGAUACAACCAUAAAGCCUAUUGAUGAAGCUAUUGGCCUGGUGGAUCCUGGUGUUGACAUCGCGGACAGUUGUGUGAGUCAGGGUAACCUAUAUGUGGACGGAGAGAGCGUCCCCACAGUAGUACCCUGUCAGACAGAGUGUAUCUGUCACAACGGUACUGUUCACUGUCAGCAGCUCUCGUGUCCGUCUCCUCCCCAGGCCUUCCUGCAGUGUUCCGUGGUGCCUUCCGUGGAUCAGUGCUGCCCCACUUACAAUUGUCCUGAGACGGACGGUGAAGCCUCGUCGUGUAUCUCUACUAAUGGUAACUGGUACAAACACGGAGAUUAUGUUCCUUCAGACUCUGAGUGUUCUGAUUGUUUCUGUUCAGAUGGAGAGAUCGUGUGCGCCUCGCUCGAGUGUGUGUCCCCUGGGCCCAACUGCGUGGCGCUGCCGGCUCCUGCUGGUAGCUGCUGCCCCGUCCAGUAUGAUUGCUUGGAAGUUCCUGCCAGCUCAGUCACGGAUGUCAUCACCCCCAUAGGCGCCUCUGCUACAGACAGUUCCGGAACAGGAGUGACAGAAUCUACAACAUCCAAUAUCACUUCUUCCACCACCGUAUACCCGUCCCUUUCCCCUACCGCGGAGACCGAAGAUAAGGAACAGGAUUACGUUACCGAGGUGACGUUGACUACCGAAGACCCGAGUGGCGUCAGUGAGGAUGGUGAUUCCGAGGCUCCUGAAGGUACCGACCAUUACUCCACCCCCUCGUCAAUGCCCACUGUCGACGGUACCGACAGCGUAAUUACUGAGGCCUCCGUCGCUACCGAUGGCUUGGACAUUACCGAGGUACCGAGUGUUACCGUAUCCUCCCUCUACACUGAACCUGUCAGCACUGGCGACUCAUUGGUGACUGACGCUUCUGUAAGUACUGACAGUACCUCAGACGACGAAAUUAGUACUGGCAGCGUCACUGAGCCCUCGGGAACUACCGAGAAGGGAGAGACGACUCAGGGUGCCACUACUGAAUCAGUGACGUCAGUGAGUGUCAGCGAGUCAAGCACGCCUGAGGUAACACCGUCGACCACAUCACCAGCUGUGGCACCUGAGGAAGGAGUGACCACAUCACCAGCUGUGGCACCUGAGGAAGGAGUGACCACAUCACCAGCUGUGGCACCUGAGGAAGGAGUGACCACAUCACCAGCUGUGACACCUGAGGAAGGAGUGACCACAUCACCAGCUGUGGCACCUGAGGAAGGAGUGACCACAUCACCAGCUGUGACACCUGGAGGAAGGAGUAACCACAUCACCAGGCUGUGGCACUCUGGAGGAAGAAGUGACCAUCACCAGCUGUGGCACCUGAGGAAGGAGGACUACAUCACCAGCCAGACACCUGAGGAAGGACUGCUGACACCUGAGGAAGGAGUGACCACAUCACCAACUGUGACACCUGAGGAAGGAGUGACCACAUCACCAGCUGUGACACCUGAGGAAGGAGUGACCACAUCACCAGCUGUGACACCUGAGGAAGGAGUGACCACAUCACCAGCUGUGACACCUGAGGAAGGAGUGACCACAUCAUCAGCUGUGACACCUGAGGAAGGAGUGACCACAUCAUCAGCUGUGACACCUGAGGAAGGAGUGACCAUAUCAUCAGCUGUGACACCUGAGGAAGGAGUGACCACAUCACCACCUGAGGAAGGAGUGACCACAUCACCAGCUGUUACAGUCACCGAGUCUUCUGGUAAGACCUCCGUCUCGACAGAGUCAACUAUCGCCGGGUACGUGACAGAAGCCACCGUCGCCGUGACCACAGCUGAUGACGUCGACGACACUGAGAGUACCAGAGAGACGGUAGCUCUGCCCGAUGUGUCUCUCUCUACAGAAAAACCCGGAACUACCGAGACAGCUGAUAAGGAACCCGGAACACUUGUAGAAACUGAAGAACCUAAAGCACCUGAAGACGGCGCCGGCACAGACAGUUCUAUAACAUCCUCGAUCAGUACCUCCUCUACAGAAGCUGCCGUAACCCAGGGCCUCGUCACCGGUUUCGAUCACCAAUUCCCCAUUUACCCCGGAGCUUUGACCACCACGCAGGCUCCCUGGACGCCCUCCACCACCACGGAGAUCCUCUAUGGUCCGGGCGCCUGUUUGUUUGAUGGCAAGGUGUACGUGUCGGCCCAGCAGAUCCCUCGUGACGACCCAUGUGACUUCUGCUUCUGCUUCCGCGGAGACAUCAUCUGCUUACAACAGUCCUGCCCAUCACCCAUCCCCGGCUGUUACGAGGAAGCCAUUGCUGGUUUCUGCUGCCCACGCUAUGAAUGCCCCGUCCCUCAUGCCGUGGUCAACAUCACUACCACCACAACACCCAUACCCACAUACCCGCCCGUCCAAACCAUCCAGGAAGUAGUCAUGUGUGAGAUUGGUGACCGAUACUACCACAGCGGGGAGAUGGUUGAGGAAGCGUCAGGACCUUGUCUCGAGUGCAGGUGUGGUAACGACGGGAUGAUGGAAUGUGACCCCAAGGAGUGUCAGGCAGAACCAAUGCUUCGUAAGAUUCUUGGCUCUAAAUACGGGCGGUGAGUGUGUUGAGAGAGGGUGGCACUACCAGCUACCCCCGACAGCCCACCCACCCACCCACCACCCACCACCCGUAAACACAUGGUUGCUCUAUCCUAGCGACACUCAUGGUUAAAGCUUGCUAGGAUGGUUCACCCGUAGGCACUGACCCUCCCAUGGUUACUGUGUCGCAGGGGGAGAUAUGAUGGUUUAUACGUCACCAGAAUGAUAAACCAUACUGUUAGGUUUAUUUACCUUUAGAGCAAAGGACAUGACACUAAAAAAAAAUCGACAACAACGAUGCAUUAUUUUUUUUUUAAGAAUCUAAGGUUAUUAACUAUAGGUUGUGAAGCAGUGUUAUGAAAGGCUAAGGAAGUGUUAUAUAUUGUUUGUUAUUAAUCAAUGUCCCCCUUCCGCCUUCCCAGUAGCCAUGUCAUGUAGUGUGUCCACAACGCUCAAUUAGCAAAUCUGUGUUAAUGAGGAGUGGUGAGGCGAGUGAAGGAGUAGUGCCAAGUAGUCCCUUAUAGAGUGUAAUGAUAGAGAGACGAAUCACUGGAGUGUAAUGACCCUCCGAUGUCCCCCUCCCCCCCCCCCUUUCGCUCCCCCUCCCCACCAGUAAAGUGUUAAGCCUUUGAGCUAAAAAAAGGUAAAAAAAGCGGUUCUGUGAGUUUCGUUUUGUGUGUGUUGGUCGCGUAGUGAUAAUAGAGGAACAGGUUACUCAGUAUUACUCCCGCUAGAUAUACUUAUUUAUAUCCUGAUUGUGUUCUGUGACUUAAUAUACGUAAUUUAUGUAUACUUUUCCAUGGUACUUCAUACAUGUAUACUUCUGUGGCAUUAUUGAUGGCAUUCUCUCGUAACCUUACCUACUAUUUGCUAGUGGCUUCUAACACACACAUCUCGUUCUCACAGAUUGACUCAUAUCUUGCUUAGUCGAGUCGGAAAAUUGCUAGAAAUCACACACACAUAAAAAAAAAGCUUUCUUCCACUUGCUAGAUUAUUUUACGCUUCCCUGUUUUGGAUUUAUUAAGUAGAUUGUCCUCCUCGACCCCCAGGUUCUGCUUCUCAAUGUGGCUCUUAUAUUGCGCGAGUGUCAGGGGCACCUUGUAUGGAUUUCUAGAUACAAAGCUUCCCUAUGUGGAUAAGAUUAUUUAAAGCCAUAGAUUUAAGUUAGAAUGUUCCGAGGUACGUAGAUAAGUUCCCUCUCUAUCUCUCUGUUUACCUUUAAGUCUUAGUUCCUCCCUUUGUCGCAAAAACCUCCAGGAGACCCUUUACUCCCUCGGCCCCUGGAAGUGACACGCAUCACCAGAACAAAACGUUAAGUAAAUCGUGUCAGUCUCUAAUCUUGGUCGCUAUUACUGUAUACCAGAGCUUGGCUGGCUCCAUGAAACGAAUCUUGAAUCUUAAAGGAACGGACGUGAUUGUCAUAUUUGAUAUUUUUUCAUAUGACGAUCUUGAUUCAUACAGGUGGCUCCUUAACUGUUCCUAGGUUUAGUAUAAUAUGCCAGAGUCGUUGUACAUCACAGCUGAUUUAAGAAACAUAGUAAAGAUAGAUAUUAUUUGGGCAUUAGUUGAUCAAAGUCCCCCGCCUGUGAUGUUGACCCUUCCUCCCGCCCCACCUGUCCACGCCUCAGUCUGGCUACAAGUCGAGGUAUUAUUAUACUUGGUGUUACAACCCGAGUGUGACACAACUAAAACAUAUCAGUAAUAAUAUCACGCUUCAGCAGCACCGUGUUGGUACCAAGUGUUUAAGUAUAGUGACAGUAUAACAAUAAUUUAUGAGAAAAACUCCCUGUUCUUUUAUCUUAUUGUCAAAAAGUAUCGUUUUAUUUCAUCAUGUGUUGGUAUAAAUCCCUUCAAUACAACAGCCCAGAAUGUCUCCAGGAUUAUCAGACUGGAGAAGUCAAUAGAGGAGGUCUAAUAUAUCUCCAUUUAAGGGUUUAAUCGAUACUUGUGACUUGAUAAUUGGUCCUCUCCCUUUAUAGGUGCCAAACCACUUCCUUAGUCUCAGUGGCAGAAUCCUCGAAAAGCACUUAAUCUCUAGUUCACCUUUUGUCUGCUUCACACCUCAGCGUCUGAACUCAACCGGUGAGAGAGACGGCGACCAAAGCUGGCGAGUAAACUUGUCGGGAUAACGAAGACGUAAUGAUUAUUCUUACACUUGAUAACACCGUCACUAUUAUCAAGAACUCAUCCCAAAAACACCCAUCACGGUCUCCACCUCAGUUUGGUUAGAACUAAGUGCCUUUCAGGAGUUACUGCCGCCUGCCCUUCGCCGCCCGGAGCCUGAGUUAGUCCCCGGGUGGAUGAUGAAGGUACUGCUGUCGUAAGAUUAAGGCUGGCAUGUGUAAUAUGGUAGACAUUAGAACUGGAGACGCGCGUGCUAGGCGAGUGCGUAUGGCUCGUAAGUGAGCAUUCAUAGUAAGUCAGUCCUGAGUGUUUAUUGGUUGUGUCCUGGAAGGGAUAUAACCCAAUGAGCUUUUGAAAUAGAUCUGGACUGCCGAGCUCUGAACGCUCAUUGGCCAAACGAUACAUAGGGGUGUCAGCCAAUCAACACCCAAUAUGAUUAUGUGACGUCACGUUGGUCUUCAGGACGUGUGUAUGUCUCGCAGUGAAUAGUAUGUAGAUGAGAACUGCCAUGAUCGAGUCACUGCCGCAGCGUGAGUAUCUGCAGUGACUCCGGUUCUGAGUAGUUCAGAGUGUCCAAGAAGCAGUAUUCUUGAAAUGUGAUCAUUUUAACUUUUUUUAAUUAUUUAUUCUGAGAUAGGAUUUUUACUAUGCAUUUAUUCUUAGUGUAACGCCUGUACAGCUCCUCCUUGUAUUAGUAAUGAUGUACCCAGUCUGUAAGCUUUUUUUAUUUGUAUAAAAUGUGAAUAAAAGAAGAAAGUAAU